GUGUAUGUGAGUGCAAUUAUAAUGCUAAAUAUAGAAAUUAUCUGCUGUGUGUAUGUGAGUGUGUAUAUAUUUAUAAUAUUUAAGAGCUGACUAUUUGACAUCAGACGGUAUCGUGAAGUGUCCGACAAACAACCUGAUGUUUGUAACUCGUGACGGAAGGAAUUGGGUGAUGCCUUCGUCCUGAAAUGAUACAACUCCACAAUAGAUAACCAAGCUCGGAGCUGCCUCUCUCGGUAGCUCGCAUUUCUCUCUCUUUCUCCCUGUGAACUUUACGAGAGCGAGACAGACUCGCUUCUUUAGUUUCUUUAUUAUUUUUUUAUUGUUCUCAAUCUAAAAGCGACAGAGGAUUGUUUUUUUUUUAUAUUUGAGGACUUACCCGAAACAUUCAUUCGAUUUACUACAUAUAAAAAAGAAAGGCAAAAAGCUUCUUUUCUCGUUUUUCUCAUCCGUCAACUUUUACUAAAUCCAAAACAAGAAAAGUAAAAAUGUAUUUGUUUAUGUCAUCAAAAGUUUCCAAUUUGUUAUUUGAAGGAUGGAAUUCUACAGGUUUUCCUGGUAUGAUAGUAAUGUUCAGUGUGACUACAAUGGUAGCAAUAAUCUAUGAUGCCAUCCGGUUGCUACAUGCAUUCAUCCAUGUAAAAGCUCGCCAGAAUCCUAUUUUAUAUAGCCAAGAAGAGACUGGAUCAACAUCAGAAAAUUCACCGUCGAAUUCCUUACAAUCCCUAAUAUCACCUCUGUCAGGUAGCAUAAUAAAAAGGAAACGACGCUUAUACUACUUAGCAGAAACUGUUAUACACAUGUUGCUCACCUUUAUUGGUUACCUGAUCAUGUUAAUGGUUAUGACUUUCAAUGGAUGGCUUGCAAUCGCAGUCCUUUUGGGUGCAUCCAUCGGUUUCUUUCUGUUUGAUACAUCUAUUCUGAAUCUUGCACGCAAAUCACCAAAUACUUCCUCUAAGCAUCGAGCUUCAUCAUCUGAUCCUGUCCCAACUGUUACACAUAGCACAGAAUUAGAGUCUCGGAGUAGUGACAUAUCAAUCUAAUUCUUAUCAAUUUUGUGAAAAA